AUGGUUGGAGGUCGUCGUAUUCCUGGCAAAAAUAAUUUUUGUGGAAGGAAUUGGUGUGUCUAUGAUGCUUGUGGCAUUGUUUGUGGUCUUUUUACAUGGUUACUUCUUAGUUAUGGACAGUUUUGUAUUUUAGCCAUAAUGAUGACUUCCUUUGAAGACAACAAAAUUCACCAGUCAAUUAAUUUUUUAAUUUUUGAAAUUCUUUUUGUUCUUUCUGGCGCUGCGCAUUUAAAAACAAUGUUUUCUUUUUCUAAAAAUUUAUUUAAAAAAAUUAAAAAAAGGUUUACUGAUCCCGGUGCUGUUCCAAAGGGUACUUUAACAGAAGAAUAUAUUGCACAAUUAGAGAAGGAACAACAAUUUAAUGGGACUGUUUUAUAUAAAUGUACAAAAUGUUCUUCAAUAAAGCCGGAAAGAGCUCAUCAUUGUUCUGUUUGUAAAAGAUGUAUAAGAAGUUUGUUUAAUUUAUUUUUAAAUUAUUUGACUUCUCAAAAGUCUAAUUCUGUUCCAAACUUUGUUUAA